AUGGCUGAAGCUCAGUGGGCCGCCACCAGCAUAUUGGGACAAUCUGUCGAAAAUUUGGCAGCGCUUAAGCAUCAUUGCCAGACACUCGCUGUCGAGCCAUUGAACAGCUGCAAGCCUAAGAACCUUAAGGAGAUAAAGAGGCUGUCCAGGCGGGGUGGGCCUGACUUGUCCGACCUAGGAACGCCACUCAUUACAAAGGCCCCAAGCACUACUGCCUAUAAUCGGAAUUUCAGCAACAUCUGGCUGAUCACGGUGUCUAUCCCCCUGGAUAAAAGUACCCUGAUGGCCAGAAACCAGCAAAACCAAAUAAUUGGCUUGAGCUCAAUGAAUGACUUGUGGAACUCCGAACUUCCCUCGGCAAGUCACUCCGAAAUUAAGCCUCUGGCCAAAUGA